UCAUUGCAAACUUCAGCAUCACUUAAACACAUAGAAUAUGUAUAUAGAAAAAGAUGUCUGUGUGCCAAAGAUGUCUUUAAUAGAAAGGUGUCUGUGUGCCAAAGGACUUAAAAAAAUGGAAACAACUUGCAAACACAGGUUUAUGUGUGCUGUGCAUGUGCAUCUUCCAUUGGAGGGAAGAAAAUGCUUUGCUUCCUUCAACAGUUGAAUGCAAAGCAUAUUCUACCUUGCUUGCCGCCUAUCCUGUUCACCAAGCUAAAAUCAGUUCAACCUGCAUUGUGAUCAAUUCUUGCUUCUAGUCUUCUUCACAGACAGACACCAUUGAAUAAUCAGGCAAAUCAGAUUGGGAAAUCAACAAGAAGAGUUUUUGGACAAUGGAUCUUUUGGUUAAGGAGCAAAGGAGAGUGAAAUUUUCAGGCCAAAGAAAAGAAAAGCAGGAAGAGUUCAGUGGCACUGGAGUAAGAACACCACUACAUCUAUCUCAACAAUCAGAUUCCCUCAAUGAAGCUUUUCUAGAUAAUGCUGAGCAGGGCUUGUACCAGAGGCGGCUUUCGGGUCAAGUGAGUGAGGAUAAUGAUUCCGGAGACAUUGAGUUUGCAGCUGCUGUUGCAGCAGCUGCAUUUGCUAUUCACUCACUUGAAGAAGCUGAAUUAGAAAUUCAGAAGAAGAGGAGAGAGGAUCUUGAAACGUCAAGGAACAAGGUUAAGAGCAGAAAGGAUGAUAGCUCAAGUUCUGGUAGAGCAACCAGGAUAUUCUCAAACACAGAAAUGAAGAGUGCUGGCACAGUUUCAUUAAAUAAGUCAAUAGGGCAGGAAAGGGAGGCACAAGAGACAGCUUUUCCAACUCCGAUUCCAAGUCAUACAUCCUCAAUGAGACCUACACCCUCAGCAGAUAGAGAUCAGAACCAGAUGAGAGAUUCAUCAGGACGCAAUGAUGUGGAAACCAAAGCAGAUGCUUGGGAGAAAGCUGAGAUGACAAAGAUAAAAAAGCGGUAUGAGAAUUUGAAUUCCAAAAUACUUGCUUGGGAGGAUGAGAAGAAGACACAGGCCAAAUUAAACAUGGAAAAAAUUAAGGGUGAGUUGGAGCAGCGAAGUGCUUUAAAUUUACGACACUACCAAGAAAAGGUAGCAAGGAUUGAUCAGAUAGCAGGAGAAGCAAGACAACAGUUGGAAGAGAAAAGAAGAAAUCAAGUCUCUAAGGUGAAAGAAAAGGCAAAUAAGCUCAGGUCAACAGACAAGGUUCCUGUCAAAUGUUGCUGCUUCUAUUUUCACUAGGAAUGUAAUGCACACACAGACCCAAAAAAAAAUGGAAUGCGAGGCAUUUGGAUUCAAUAGUCUUCACUCAGGAAUGUAACAGUAAAUUGUAGGGACAAAAUGUUGAUCAAGUCAGCUAGGAAAUUGUGUGUCAUGUUAAUUACUUAAAUCUUUUUAUUCACAUUGUGAUUAUUUGCUCUA